UUUAAGAAGACAUAGUUUAUAUACAUAUCUUUUCUCGGCUUUCUUCUUUAUAAUGUGAUAACCUUGUAACGUUUUCAUUGAAGGUCCUUGAGAACUGCAGACGACAUUAACGGGCAACUACUCUCUCCUAUUUUUACGAAAUACAAUUUUAUUGGAUAAAGACUAUUCGGUCUAACCAAUAGACGAGACUGAUACAAAAUCAAGUAACACGCGAAGGAAGUUAGCGGAAAGUCGACCAGAAGGUCUUACGCAAAAGGUAUCCUUAAGACACCUGUGUUACCUUAACCAUAAAGAUCUUGUGAGCAGAAAUGGCAUCUGUCUUUACACAUGGCUCCCUUCAACCACAGGUGUGGGCAGCAGUAUCUCAACUUUCUUCACUUGUCAGUGGUUUGCGGACUUUGUCUACUCCAACUGUUGGCAGAAAUCAUAGACAGCACACUACUUCCACAGCCGCCUCCACCCAAGAUCAACAAACAAGGCUGUCUGCAGAGGAGGUUCUUUCAUCUACACUGCCAAGGCUUCUGAAAGAGGGUGGACUUCAUGACCUUCCAAGUGACUUCCAUGUACAUGAUCUUUGCCCUUUGCUGGCCUAUAUAAAGAAAAAAGAGUCUUCAUCAUCACCAUGGCAAGAAUCUCAUGUUUCUGCCCAGAGUUUCUUUGAAAACAAAAAUGGGUUUCCCAGCAGCUGGUUAUUAAAGGAUGGAAUGCCAAAACACCUUGAACACAGCUCUGCAGUGUGGCAUGUUCUACGACAAAAUAUGCUGAGUCUUAAUACACAGCAACGACGAGGCUUUAAAACGUUGAGAUCAGAUAAAAUAGGAGGGCUGGGGAAAGAUAAAGCUGAUACAAGUUUCAUUGAAGAUCUUCGUUCCAGUGUAUCGUCUAAGGUGUUCAAAACAAAGUCUAAGCCUCGACAUACUGGAGAAUUCGCUAAACUUGUCACGGCUCAUGAAGCACAUCCUGAAGUUCAGGACAAGCUCAAGGUGGCAUUUGCAGAGGGUUAUCAUGCCAAAGAGAAAACAGAGACAGAGUCAAAGAACACAGUGUUGUCUAGGGGGUUUCGUUUUAUUUUUUAUCUAUGCCUUCUGUGGCUUGGCCUUCAGGUCAUACAAGUCUUCAGCGCUGUUGGUGGAGGUCCAGUACGUGGGCUAGGAGUACUUGGCAGAGAGCACUUUGAGAUUAAUCCAGAAGAAAUUCAUGUCACAUUUGCUGAUGUCAAAGGUGUCGCAGAGGCCAAGCAAGAGCUUCAAGAAAUUGUAGAGUUUUUGAAAGAUCCAGAAAAGUUUACAGCUCUUGGAGCUAAAUUGCCUAAAGGAGUGUUACUUGUUGGACCACCUGGUAUUGGGAAGACCCUUUUAGCUAGAGCAGUGGCUGGAGAAGCAGGUGUACCAUUCUUCCAUGCUUCAGGAUCUGAGUUCGAUGAGGUUUUUGUUGGCACAGGGGCCAAGAGGGUUCGGCAGUUGUUCUCUGCAGCCAAAAUGAAAGCACCUUGUGUGAUUUUUAUUGAUGAAAUUGACUCUGUUGGGGCCAAACGAACCAGUUCACAGAUCCAUCCCUAUGCUAACCAGACAAUCAACCAGUUAUUGUCUGAAAUGGAUGGCUUUGCGCAGAAUGAAGGAGUUAUAGUUUUGGGGGCAACAAAUCGCCGAGACAACUUAGAUCAGGCAUUGUUGAGACCUGGCCGGUUUGAUGUUGAGAUUCGUGUUUUCCCACCAGAUCUGAGAGGGCGAAAAGAAAUCCUUGAAUACUAUAUCAGCAAAAUUAAAAAGGACUCAGGUAUUGAUGUAGAUGUACUUGCCAAAGGAACAACUGGUUUUACAGGGGCAGAUCUAGAGAACAUGGUCAAUCAAGCAGCACUUAAAGCUGCUAUAGAUGGAGCAGUAACUGUUACCAUGGAGCAUUUUGACUUUGCUCGGGACAAAGUCAUUAUGGGCCCAGCAAAAAAAUCCAAGAUAUUAGAUGAAGAGACAAACUUGACAACUGCAUAUCAUGAAGCAGGACACACACUGGUGGCUUUCUACAGCAAAGACUCAGUCCCACUACACAAAGUUACCAUCAUUCCACGUGGGAUGUCUCUUGGCCACACCUCAUUCAUUGAGGACAAAGAGGUGUAUGGUAAAAACAUAUCACAACUCAAAGCGGAAAUGGAUGUGGCCAUGGGUGGCCGUGCAGCUGAGGAAGUUAUUUUUGGCCCUGAUAAAGUGACCACAGGUGCAGCCAGUGAUUUUCAGCAAGCCACCAAAAUUGCAACUGCGAUGGUGAAAAGAUUUGGAAUGUCUGAAAAGGUUGGCUUCCGGACUUUGGCCAUUGAUGAUGACUUGAACUGUGUGGGAUUACGUGCUUUUGGCGAUGAAGAUGUUUUUGACAGUGGUCUGUCAAUGGUGAAAGUGAAUGAAGUGAGUCCUGCCAUUCAAGAACAAGUGGAUACAGAAAUUAAACGUCUGCUUCAGGAGUCUUAUGAUCGUGCUAAAGCUAUCCUAAAGAAUCAUACUGCUGAGCACAAAGCAUUAGCUCAUGCUCUGCUAAAAUACGAGACAUUGGACAAAGACGACAUCCAGGCUGUUGUGGAGGGUAAACCCUUAAACAAGUCUUUGUGACCAGACGGCUGUCCUCACAACUGUUCUGUGCAAAUUGUUCAUGCUGAGUGCCUGUGUGGAUGAAGUUGGUACAGAUGAAGGCUUAGGCAGAGGCCACCUGCAAGAAAUACAAAGUUUUCUGGAAUCUGUCAUGUGCUGUGGAAAAACAAAUAAGGUUAUAUCAAAUGGCUGUGUCAAGGAGAAAGGUAUUGUUAACUGUGGUGAAUGGUUAAGCCAAAGUGAAAUUGUUAGCAGCAGAUAAACUGUGAACCUUGUUUCCACGAGUUCUGGAAGUGAAGCACACUCCAAAGACUUUCAGAAUUCUCGUAUUUGUGAGUUUGUGUGUGCCAGCCUUCAGAAGUGUGUUAACCAGGGAAGUAGUAUUAUAGUAGGCUGGUGUAAUGAUUGCUGUUGCAAGGAACAGCUUUUCACCACACAUUGUCAAUUUCAGGAAUAUCUGAAUGUGGAUGGAAAAAUAUAAUGCACAUAUUCCUAUAUAUAUAUGCAUAUGUCAGGAGAGAGCUUUUUCUUUACAAGUGUAUUUCCAAGAAGGAUCAAAGAUCUUAGAACUUCUGAUCUUUAUGUUCAACUGGGGAGUUAAGUAUCUAGUCUUGAAUGCGCUUCUGUCGGAAGUUGUAGUGUGGAAUGGGGUAUUUAGGAUGUCAACUGUUAAUUCUCUUUUUUUUACACUCGUAUUUAUUGAGAGGUAUAUAUAUAUUUAUACAUUUUUUCAACACAAAGAGAGUUUAGACAAACCUUAUUCUUUCGUUAAUAGGAUAUCGAGGUGGAGAAAAUUUAGGGUUUCAUUUUUUUCAGGUGACAUUGUCGGAUUCUAAAAUCUUGGUUCAGCAGCUUACCUUUUGUUUAUUCAUGGAAAACUAAACACUUAACCACAUGUUUUAAUUCCUUUAAUUUUAGCAAUUUCGAAAAUUAUAUAAACGUAAAAAAAUGUUUUGGGUGAGUUUUGUAUGUAUGUGUGUGUAUUUUUUUAAAGUCAUUGUGGCUAGUUAAUGCACUAUGCUAAUGCAUAUAAUUUAUUUUUAAAAUAUGCCUAUUUGUUUCUAAUGAAUUUAAUUUUACUUUUAGAAAUAGUUUUUAUGUUUGUUGAUGAUUAAGUGUGAAAAAAAAUGUUCAGGGUUAAGAAUGACAGAUGAAAGUAUGUAUGUCAGAUGUACAUUGAGAGACUGUAUUACUACUAGUGAUGUGUGAUCUAGAAAGUCGCAAGAUUAGCACACGGUAAAGGUACUGCUGUUUUCACUUAUAUACCCGUGUGCAGCUACUUGUCUAACAUUUAUUGAAUUCUAGGUGUAAGCACGCAAUUGUUUUUCUAACAAAAUUGGUUUUUAUAUUCCUUUUGAAAUAAAAAUAUUCUCCGGAUGACUGGUAGACUAGGUAGACUAUGCGAACACCACAAACAGCCAGUCCUGCAUAAAGGUCUCAACCUGCUUGGAACUAUUGGAAAAGGUCCAAGAGAACAAGCUGUUCAUUUCUCUAAGUCUGUGGUGUGUGUAAAGUCAAGGGAGCAUGACUGGUAAAACCUUAAAGACAGAAGUUAAAUGUCAUUUUAAAUAUCUGGAAAGGACAAACUCAUGCACAUUUUUUUCCCCAUUUCAGAAUCACCUCAAUUGUCCUCAAUAAUUGCUUUACAUUUUUUACAACUUGUUGGUACUGAACACUGAUAAGACUCAUUGUAAAAGUAAUGCAAUAUCCUGGUAAAUAAAGUUGCCUAAAAUA